AUUGUAUUGCAAAUUUGAAAUUCUCCAAUACUACAAAUAUUUACCUAAUAUACAAAUACCACAGAAUCUAGUUAGGUAAUCAUCUUGCUGUCAUCUAUAUUAUUAUUAAAGCCUUGUCAUUUGUGAAUCACUUCCAAGAUACAGAAUAUGGAUGAAUUCAAAAAAUCUGCAAAGAUUACCCACUCAUUGAAUGUACUUACAUCAUUCAAUGAACUAAAACAAUCUGACUGCAUUUGUAACUUCACAAUCAAAGUUGGUGACAAAUCUUUCAAAGUCCAUCGAGACCUGCUUGCCGCAGUAUCAAAGUACUUCAAAGGCAUGUUUUCAAGUAACAUGGUUGAGGCUCGGAAUGGUUUUGUCGUUAUGAAAGACAUCUGUGCUGAUGCUGUAGGGCAGUGUGUAGAUUUCAUGUAUACUGGUGAAGCAAAUCCAUCCAUGGAAUCUGUUGAAAAUACUUUGUAUGCUUCUCACUUAAUGCAGCUUGAUGUAUUAUCAAGUAUAUGCUUUAAUUUCAUGGAAAAAAAUCUGUCAGUGCAGCAUUGCCUCCUAGUGGUCAGGUUGGCAAGACUUUAUGAUCGCACAGAGUUACAAAUCAAUGCUGAACUAUUCAUUGUGGAUAAUUUUGAGUCUCUGAUUUUGGGUGAAGAUUUUCUACAUCUGAGCAAAGAAGAACUUGUAUUUUAUCUACAAAAGUUGGAUAAAAAGCAUGAAGUAGUUUGGCAUGCUGUGAGAAGAUGGAUUUCUAAUAAAGGUGAAGACAUUGGAUCAGAACUAAUGGAGACUCUGCAUUUUGAAGAUUUUCCUUAUAAAUUUUUACUCACUGAUCUGCUAAAUGAUUCUUUGGUCGAAAGUUCUUCAGAUGCGAAAAGUUUUGUCAUCAAAAAAUUGCUUUCAAAUAUCGAUGGGUUGAAAGUGAAUUUAUCCCUCAACACUUUAUUCGUUUUGAGGAAGAUUAAUCGGAUCAAAAACAAAGUUUGCUCAGAGAAUGUCAGAAAUAUAUUCAAUGAGUUCAUGGCUCAGAAUUUUGAACAGAUUGUACCGUUGGAUGAAUUUAUCGAGUUGGAAAAAAUUGAAAUUUUUUUCUUGUUCAAAUCUCAGGAAACAAAAUAUUCUUCAGAGAAAAUUAAAUGGGAAGCUGCGCUGAAAUGGGCCAAACAAAGUCGCCGUCAUCAAAUAUUUUUUUCAGACUUGUUCGGGUUGAUAAAACUUCAGGAUUUUUCUUAUGAGUUUAUUCGACAAACAGUCAGAAAUGAACCUUUAGUUAAAGAGUCGCAUAAGUGUAAAGAUUUAUUGCUUGAUAUUCUCCAUGCCAAAGCUCAGGGGGGAAAACUUGUUCCACAUAUUGCUGUCACAACAAAGACUGGUAUAAAGGCUCUGAAUCUCCAAACAAAUCAAUGGUCUAGUUUGCAGUCAGAUUAUGAUGUUGGCAUUCAUCUUGUCAAUGCUGAGGGACGAUUGUUUGCUUCAGAUGGAAAUAAAUUGUCAUUGCUACAAGAUGGGCAAUGAAUAAGAAGGCCAAGGUUGAAAGGAAGAGUGAUGAGAGGUAUGAGAUGGUUUAUCUUAAGGGUGGGAUUUAUAUUAUCACCCGUGACCAGAAUACAAUGCGAUAUGACAUUGCCAAAGACAGAUGGGAUAAGAAUUUGCCUUCAUGUGAUCUUGGUCAUGGUUUUUGUGCUGCUGCCUCUGAUGAGUUUAUAUGCGAUGGGAGGUUAUUCAACUGCGACAGAAGCAAAAGUAUACAAUCGUGGAAUUAAGAAAUGGUCUCCACUGCCACAGAUGUCUCAUCAAGCAUAUGAUAGUGCAGCAGUCGUGUUUCAAAGUAUGGUUUAUGUAUUGGGAGGAGAUGAUAUGGGGUAUCCUCACUGUUAUGUUCAAUGUUAUAACCCUACUGUUCGCUCAUGGACAGAAAUUGAAGUAAUGGCGAUGUGUAGACAAUAUUUCAGUGCAUGUGUUGUUGAUAAUAAAAUGUAUGCAGUCGGUGGGGAUAGUUAUCGAGACCUGACGGAUUCUAUUGAAACAUUCAAUGAGAAAACUGGUAAAUGGGAAAUAGUCUGUGAAAUGGAUCCGCUUCAUGUUCCAUGGGUCUAUUGCUGUAGCUUUGCUCGAUAAAUAAGUAAUCAAUGUUAAAAGUGGAUAACGAGGAAAUACACUUGUUUCUGUUAUGUAUAUACUGACUAUAUGGCAAUGAAUCUGACGAUUCAAUAUUUUCCUUCAAUUCAAUAUCAAUUUCAGAUACAAAAUUGUACAUAAUAAUGUGAUUUAGUUGACUUCUAUUUAUAAUUACCAAGAAACUUCAAUAUCAGACAUGUUGUGAUUUGGCUCAUUUGCUAUCAAUUAGCCAAACUUUAUUCGUUACCUUUCCUUAGUAAAUAGAUGUGCUCUAGUCUUUUUCUCAUUUUUCCACGAUUCAGUAAGCACUAUAAUAGAAUGUAUUAAUCCAGGGGUCGGCACAGUGACGUAGCCAGGGGGUGGUUUUGCGGGUCGACCCCCCCCCCCCCCUUUUUAAAUGUAAAAAAAUUAAAAAUAAUUUUUCUGUAUCGUAGAUAGCACCGUAGCUUAAAAUGCUUUUUAGACCCUCAAGGCUACUAAAAACACGCGUAUUCCAGCGUUUGAUCGGACCCGCUAGCUGUUUCGAUCUAACUUGGCGAAAAAAAAAAUUUGAGCCAAUUACUUGCAAUCAUUAUUUUGGCCCGCGAGCGACAAAAGGUUGCCGACCCCUGUAAUUAACCGAAUAAAUGCAGUUCUAAAUAAAUAUCAUCUCAUUAAGUCAUUGGCAUUGUUGCAACUGUAACAAAUUCAUCCUGAACUCUCCCUCUGUUUUUUAUUUCCUCCUCAUCGAGUUUGAAUUUUUGAAUGGUUACGUUUCACUGCUUGGUGUUCAUUUUAUCUCACACUUAUAUCGGCAUUUAUUGCAUUACUUUGCUUCAUGUUGUUCAUAUGCACUUGCUUUAUAUGUAAUAUUGCACUCCAUAUGUGUUUGAUGUAAUAGAUAUUUGAAUUCUCAAAUCAUAAGAUUGAUAAUGUUGACAAUUUCAGUGGAAAAAUAUUUUUAAAUUUUUCAACUUCAAUACUCCACUGCAGAGAGGACUUUUUUAUUCAUUGAGCAGCAAAUUUAUUUACUUAGUGUGCUCUAUACUUUAUAUGCUACUAAUUCAAAUGUAGAUAGCUAUCUAA